UGUAAUGUUUUAGUGUCUGCUCAUGCUGGUUCAGAAUUCCAACUUCAAAGACAUUAAUUAAUUAAAGAUAAUGACUUGUUUGUAAAGAUUAAUUUGAGAUGAUGUCGUCAACAUCUGACAACAACAUGCAGCAAGUUGCAGCACACAUUGCGCAUGAGUUGAUCGAGAUGAAAUCACACUCAUCAACAGCUGAAUAUUUGAAGGAAUCGUCGGCAGCUCAAGCUGAAAUUCUCCAACUUCAAGUUCAAGACAACCAAAAGCCGGACGUCAUUCAACUUGUUGGAGAUUACACAGCUCCUGCAAUGCAUGCGCUCCAAGACAUCAUCGGUUGCAACUCCAAAACAUUCUUCCAGGCCCCUUGCACUGUAGAGUUGAAUCAGGGACACUUUAGUCAAAUUCCUCCUCCUGGUUUACAGGAGGCGAGGGAUCUCCAUAGUAACAGUUGCCAUGGCAACCAAGACGAUGCCUCUGGUACCUCGAACAUCUCACAGGUGUUUGUGAUCGAAGGCCCUGCACCACACUCUUUGGGUGAAAGUUUACAGGAAGAUCAACAAGAUUGUCGGCAACAAACUCCUGAUAUCGUGUCUUCUCCAGAAACUCAAACGAUGGGAGGUCAUUCUCAGACAGGGGUGAUGGAAAACAGUGCAUUAGAAGAAGUUCCAGCCGUUUUCUAUGUUGAGACACUCCAUGACGCAAAUGACGCUCUUCGUAAUUUUGAAAAACAAACUGGAACCAAGUAUAGUGCUUAUAAAAGCACUGCAGGAUUUGGAAAUACUGUUUAUCAGCCCGACAGACCCCACAAGAUCUACUUUGAAGAGAGGUCGACAGAUCUUUCUGGUUUAGGGAUUCCUUAUGAUGGCAUUCCGUUUAUCAAUAUCGGCAAGAAAGUUAUGGAUUGUCAGUAUGGGAUGGAUAGAUGCCGAGCAGCCAAGAAAAAAUACAUGGAACGCCAACUAAAGGAUGUUUCGAGACAGAGGCGACCACUGGCUCAAGAACGAACAAAGAAAAUCCAAUGCCGAGCCCAGAUUCGGAUGAAGGAAAUCUUGAAAUAUCCCGACUUUAAGGUUCCACUUGAUUCGAAUUCCAGGAAGGACAAGGUUCGAUUAUCCAAAGAACUUCGUGACGCGCUCAAGAAUGGAGACGCAAAGGGUGAAAAAAGGAUCUAUAUCAAGUUGCCGUGUCUGUCUGACCAUACUGGACAUUCACUUGGAGAGGCGGUUAAAGAGGUAAAGCCUUGUUUAUCUGGAAAACAAGCAGUGAAGGAAUUGAACACGUUAUCAUGGGAUGCGUUCAUUCAACGGUUCGGCAAUGUCGUUGAGCGAGGGGCGGUUGUAGCAUCAGCAGCAUGGUCCAAGCGCCCGUUUGCGAAUAUCAAAGCCCUACAUGCUGCAUUCUGUGAAUUUAUGGAUUCUCUGUCUCAGUCAGGUAAAGAAGCCAUUUUUCGAUGCUACCCAAAUCUUCAAAUUGCCUCUUCGGCCCAUCAAACCCUCUCAAACAACUCCUCCAGUGAAUUCCAACUCACCAAACUAGAUAUUUACAGUCCCGAAGAAAGUGCCUUACUUGUGCAGUUAAACACCAAGUAUCGAGACAAUUUCCACUUUUCUUACAUCGUCUGCGGACGAGAAACGACUCAGGAGGAGGUGUUGGCUGAUCUCCAUGCCAGAACUCAGAACUCACGAGACGCUGAGAUACUCAGAGCAUUGCAGGAAGUGAAGAAAAUCGCCUGGUAUCGGAUUCUGGAACGAGUCCGAACCGUCACACCUACCUGAGUUGGAUCUACAGGGUGACUCAAAAAAAUGCAACCCUAAAACAUUUGCCUUCAAAAAAGAUCGAUGGAUUUUUAUUUUUGGGGUAUCAGAUUAUAGCUGAGAGUUUUUUUUU